UCGUGUAUUAGUUAAUUAUAUAUUCCACCCUUCAUUUCUCCCGACUUUCUUCUUCUUCCCCAAACCACGAACAAAUACAAUCUAGCAAUAAGUUAUCGACCAUCCAUUUAUUUCUCUCAUUCCUUUUCGGAGCCGAAUCGUUCGAAUUCCAUUUUCAAUUAUUUUUCUGGAAAAUCGUAUCAGUUACUCUCCACAAAACAUACGGCAUGCUCGGUGGAUUGGGUGCUGUAAUCGGUUAUCGUAGCUGUUAUUUGCACGAUUGGAGCUGUAGAUCUGUGGUAAAGUUGUAGACCUAUUUUCAGAAAUCAGUUUCUACAAUUUGUAACAGAUUUAACCGAAUUCCACCACGCAACAAGGUUGUUCACCGUCGCCAUCCCCCUCCCAGUCACAGCCUCGCCGUGGCUCCUCCCCAGUCGCUGCUCGCUUGAGUCACUAGUCCAGAGUCGUAGCUCUCUGCCGGCUCCACCAUUUGCAAUCAACCUUGCAUCUCUCUCACCUCUCACUCGGCGCCGCACAGAUCUUCCCACCUUGCCUUCUCCGGCAGCAGCUGUAGCACGAAUAGCAUGUGCUGAAGCAAGCAUGACGAUGUCUUCCAGCUCGUUAAUCCGCCGUCUUGUGCCCUACUUUUCUGCUCAAAUUCGUCGGAAUUCUAGGCUUCUCAGUUCUUCCUCAGCUCUCCGCGAAUCUGAGCUUUCUUCAUCAGAAUCUCCAUCCCCCUCGACCGAUGCCGUUCAUUUGACCUACAACUGUGUUAGGCGAAUGAAAGAGUUGCAAGCUGAAGAGUCCAGUAAGAAGUUGCUGCGCUUGAGCAUAGAAGCUGGUGGUUGCUCUGGGUUUCAGUAUAACUUUUCACUUGAUGAUAAGACCAAUAAUGAUGACAGGAUCUUUGAGCAGGAUGGAGUUAAAUUGGUGGUUGAUAAUAUUUCAUUUGACUUUGUGAAAGGGGCAACUGUUGAUUAUGUUGACGAGCUUAUCCGCGCUGCCUUUCAGGUGUCAACAAAUCCGAGUGCGGUGGGUGGCUGUAGCUGUAAAAGUUCCUUCAUGGCGAAGUAGCUAUCUACUUAUGCAUCCAGACUCUUAGCCGAGGUGUCAAUGGUUUGCACGACUAACCAAUUUUAUUUUGAUGCUGAUUUAUGUUGCAUCCAUAAACGAGUCACAAAAAUAGAAAAACAAUUCUUGUGCUGUCAUUUUUUCCCUAGCUAGAGUGUGGAAGACAAAACGUCGUUCUCUCAGGUGAAAUUGAUUGUUCAUAUGAUAAAUAUUAUGAUGCAUUUAUACUACAAACAGCAGAAACUGAGAAUGUCUCAGUUCUCUCUGUGCCGAGUAGCCGUAGUUCUGGUAUGAUUAAUGUCCAUUGUAUACACGGAUAGGAAUAGUCGUAAGCAUUUUUAGAUAAUUUUGUAAACGAAGUGCUUCUUCCAUUGGAAAAACAUAGCAGUCUGCUUACAUAAUAAAUAAUGUACGAUGAGUGAAA